AUGGCGAGCCCUGGAUUUAACCUCUCUUCGGUCCAUAACGAGGACCGUCGGACUACGCAGGGCUGGACUCAUAUCGACCGGUACAAACCAGACCGAGAAAAGGAAAGGGAUCGAGAUCGUGAUAUACAACAAGACAGAAGCCCGAUUCGACGCGAGUCGCGAGAAGCACGAGAUUCCCGAGACUCGCGAGAUCUUAAGGGCAACGCCAGAGAUGCCAGAGAUUCCAACAAAUAUUCCGCGCGGGAUCCGCGACUAGACACUGCAGCGCCGAGAAACCUUCGAGUGGAAACCAAUAUAUCCGGAAGUCCAAGGGGAUCUACGUCGUUGAACAAUUCGCCUGCGAGUUCUCGCAAUGGGCUUGCGAGUGCUCGACAAACGCCCAUUCAGCCUGUCUUUGAAAAAUCGUUCCCGGCAAGUGCCACACCUGCAGCAUCACCCGCCAUGGACUCCUUUCGCAAGAUGGAUGAGAUAAGCAAAGAGCGCAAUUUACUCCAACAUCGCAAGGGCAAGCAACAAGAUGAAGGACGCCUAAGCUCCAGGCAUAUGAACAAGUUGGAGUCCAAAGCAAACGACUUCCCACCGUAUUCCGAGUUCGGCGCGAGGUUUCAGAAGUCCGACAGCGAAUUAGACAAACAGAUCAGCGCCGUGGACCAGAAGUACCAUCAGAGUGUCAAGGAAUUCAUUUCCGCAGUUGAAUCGCAAGCUGCCGCUGCGCUUCAGAAACAGGUCGCCCCGUCCAAGGAUGACUUGGUUGCCGCCCUGGAGAAAAAGUUCGACGAAUUCACGAGACAAGCAACACAAAAGCAACAGCAAAUGGAAGAUACCUGGAAUAAGACCACACAAUCCAAUCAGGAGGCGUGUAGUGCGUUGGAAACCAAGUUGCAAUCCUUGACCACGGAAUACGGUGAACUGGGCUCGAAAUUCGAAACGUUACAGUCGGAACACGCAUCGAGGUCUUCGGAGAACGCCGCGCUGAAGGAGCAAAUCAAUGACCUGAAACUCGACCUGGUACUCGUAAUCGGAAAGAUCGCGACUGCCGAGUCCCGCAUCGAUAGUCUGCCACAGAGCGCGGUGUCUGAUACUGAUUUCACCCAAACAAAGUCAGCCGUUGAGCAUUUGACUACCAUCGUCAGCAACCAGGCAGACGCGAGCAGGAUGUUCAAGGAAAAUCUCAGUGAGCUUAGCGUGAAAGGGCAAGCGUUAGCGAACGACUCCAACCGCAUUGAAGUCACGGUCCAAAAUCUCAAGGCCAAAGUCGACAACGUCGACUGGAAUACCAUUGACGAGGUAUCGGACGCCUGGAUCGAUCAUGAUUUGCGAGGCAAAAUAUUUUCCCAUGAGACUUCUAUCAAGUCUAUUGAGGCAACUACGCAAGCCCUACGGCGGGAUCUACAAUCGCUUCAGCCUGCACAGGAUCCGAUCGUUCAACCUAGUCAAGGAUCCGCUCCCUCUAAUCAAGACUUCGAGGCUCUCAUUGACCAAAAAGUGAAAGCCGUGGAACAAUUCCUGAGAGGCCAAAUAACAAAAUACGGAGAGAACAUGGAUGACACAAUCGGCCAAAUGAUCGAAGACCUUGAAGGUCGGGUCAGUACUAUCGAGACAGCCAGAGCUAGUACCCAAGGCCAGCCCGGAGCUCUGGCCCAGGACCCGAACAUCGACGCAAGAAUCGCCAAUCUCGAGGCGCAAAGUCGAUUAAAUGCCAACGCACUCGGUCCAGUCUCCAUUCAUGAUAUUGCAGAACGGAUCACCGUGCUCGAGGAGAACAAGCUUGGCCACAGGAUCGAUAGGAUCGAUCUGAAAAUGGGCGAAGUCAUCGAACACCUCCGCACGUGGAGCAGAGACAUUACCCUGCUCGAUAGUCGUGUAACCGAGCAUGCCGCCGCUCUGAAUGGCAAGACUGCCGCCUUUGAAUCUACCUUCCAAGCCCAGGUCAAGGUUAAUCUCGAAGAAUUGCACGCAAGAGUGGAGACUGUUGAGCAAGGUGUCAGGAGUUUGAACUUCCAGUGGUCGAAUAUGACUACAAAGCAAAUGGCCGAGACGAUCCUCGUUCAGUUGACACCUCACGCAUUGCAGACCGAGGCGAGAAUCCACAAGGUCGAGUCCCAAAUGCAGCAGGUUAGGACUUCGUUCCAGCAAUAUGAACAGGGUUACGCGGACUACAUCAAGAAUGUGAAACGUGUCAACGAUCUUCUAAAGGCAUAUUACUCUGCCGAGAAGAGAACAGCGUCCCCGGACCAGUCGGUGGAUGAGGCAACGAAGAAGAGAAAACUGGGACUCAACGGCCGUCAUAGUCCAAUGCCACAGCAGCGCAACGGCAGUGCCAGUCACAGUGUCCAGCGUCCUUCAUCACCGCCGCAGCGCAACGGCAGUGUCAGUCAUAGCGUCCAGCGUCCUCCGUCAUGA